AUGUUCGCUAGAAUCGCUGCUCUUGCCACCUUCGCUAUCCCUCUCGUGUCUGCACUGACACUCAACACACCGACGGGUGUUGCGGUUGGCGGCUUGGUCAAUGUCACUUGGGAGGCAACCACUUCCGACCCCAGUUCGUUCAGUCUUUACAUGGUGAACACCAUCUUCCACAACACAUUCGCCAUCGGAAACAACGUGCAAAGCUCGGCGGGUAUCAUAACCCUUACGCUGCCCCAGGUCCCCGUUGGUGACGGUUACACCCUCGAAGCUACUAGCAACAGCAACAUCAACACUGUCUACGCACAAAGUGGUGACUUUGCUGUUUCCGCAAUGUCGAGUGCCACACUGCCGUCGACAUCCACCACGUCGACGAGCUCGAGCACGGGUACUGGCCUGUCCACAGCGUCGAUUGUGGCUCCUACAACCACCGCUCCUGCUACCACAGCACAGACCAGCUCAUCCGCAUCUGCUUCACCUUCGACCAUCAACAGCAGUGGUGCUGCAUCGCUCAUCAAGAUCGGCAUGGGCCCCGCUGCCGUUGUCCUACUCUCUGCAGCAGCUGGCGCAGCUAUCAUGUUCUAA